CCGUCGAAACAAUCCCCAAGUGUUUGCGAUCCGGCGGCACACGAGCCGAUCAAUUCAGAGGAUCCAAUCCAUCUUGACUCUCUCCCUCACGUCUCCACCGGAAAGUCUGCGUGUUCUCUCAGCAGCCAUGGCGACGAGGACGCUGGAGCUGACGCUGAUUUCGGCCAAGGAUCUCAAGGAGGUGAACCUGCUCUCCAAGAUGGAGGUCUACGCCGUCGUCUCGCUCUCCGGCGACCCCCGCUCGCGGCAGCGGAUCCAGGCCGACCGCACCGGCGGCCGCAACCCCACCUGGAACGCCACGCUCCGAUUCAACGUCCCGGCCAGCGGCGCUGGAUCCCUCCACGUACUCCUCCGCGCCGAGCGCGCCCUCGGCGACCGCGACGUCGGCGAGGUCCACAUCCCGCUCUCCGAGCUCCUCUCCGGCGCCCCUGACGGCCCCGUCCCCGCCAAGUUCGUCGCCUACCAGGUCCGCAAGAUCUCCUCCGGCAAGCCACAGGGAGUCCUCAACUUCUCAUACAAGCUCGGCGAGGUCACCCAAUCGGCCGCCGGGUACGCUCCCACCCCCGCCCAGUCCGCGUACACCCAGCCUCCCUCGGCCUACCCGCCGGCAGGCAAGGCCGACGCGUACCCGCCUCCCUCCGCCUACCCGCCUGCAGCCAAGGCCGACGCGUACCCGCCUCCCACCGCCUAUCCGCCCGCCGGCAAGACCGACGUGCCAGCGACCGCUUACCCGCCCCCAUCCGGCUACCCGCCAGCCUCGGGCAAGCCGGCAAAGGCCGGCGAGCCCGUGACUGCCUACCCUGCCGCCGGCCCCAGCACCGCGGCGCCCUACGCCGCUCCUUCGCCGCAGUACGGGUACGGCUACCCACCGCAGCAGCCCGCCGGGUACGGGUACCCUCCCCCGCCGCCGCAAGCCGGGUACGGGUACGGUGGGUACCCGCCGCAGGCCGGGUACGGGUACCAGCAGCAGGCCGUGAAGCCGCAGAAGAAGAAGAACAACUUCGGGAUGGGGCUCGGGGCCGGGCUGCUCGGAGGCGCCGUCGGCGGCCUCCUGAUCGGCGAUAUGAUGUCGGACGCGUCGGCGUACGAUGCCGGCUACGACGCCGGGUUCGACGACGGUGGCUUCGAUUUCUAGAGCGUUCUGGCUUGAUACUACAGCAGAGGCCCUUCGUUUUGGAUUUGCCUUUAACCUUUGUGAUGUGUUUCGUUUGUACUACCUACUAAUUGUCUCAGGACCAAAUCAGAUUAUGCAUCGUAUCUGAUGCAAUGAUAAUGUAAAUAUGAUGCAGCAGAGACAGUAUAUGAAUUGCAAUUUUGUUUUUGGGCC